CAUUAAUAGGACACAGACAUUAUGUCAUUCUAUGCAUUAUUUAGAAUCAUAAAAUAAAUUGUUUACGCUAAAAAUGUUCAUACUACUGUGCCUUUAAAAUAAGGUGUGUUUCUUUAUGACAUACAUUACAUUCAGCCAAUAGGAUGCAGUAAAGAGGCCAACUUGAUAGAUGACGUUUCUAAUUAGUUUAAAUAUAAUCUGCUUAUUAACAUACUCAGCUAAAUUCAAACCUGGUGUUCUGGUAGGCAACUUGAUCGUAAGUAAUUCAGAAGAGUAUUCAUUCAAACUGUCAAAGUAUUGGAAAAUAUCUAAAAGUAAGGAAUACAUUAUACAUUUAGUACUAUUGGAACUUUGUAUGAUCCAAGCGCCUGUCUCCCAUUCCCAAACAUUAAUUUGUUAGUAGGCCAUGCGUGUAACCAUGUGAGAACUACAAGGGAUUUGGGUGUUUUAGUUAAAUUAUCUCUUUAACAGAAAUGAAUUUUCUUUCAAAAAUACAUGUGUUACCUUGAAAGCAGCCUCCUCCAUAUUGCUUUCAAGGUAAGGAACAAGUCAUUUGCACUAGGUUAUCCCUUUAUUGACCAUUUGUUUCAUCAUGGAAGAAUUACUUCACUAUCAAUGCCUGUCUUCUAGAACUCCUUGAGUCAGGGAUGGCCAUGGGAAGUGAUUGGACGGUGCAAAACUUGGACUUCUCAAGCUGUGGAGAGGAAGAGGAGGGUAGUGACAGCAGUUUGGAUGAAUGGAACUCCAGAAAUCCUCAGAUCCUAAGUCCCAACUCUGUGUGCAGGACUCCCAUAGUGCAGCGUCAUUGCACCAGGAGCUUCACCAUAUCCCCAUCCAUCCCAGUUUCACCGACCACCCCCAUUCCCUAUGCCGCCUGGAGGAAACUGAGGCUCUGUGACUCCCCCAGUACUCCCAAGAGUCUGCUGUCCAAGUCGGCUCUGCCCAGUUCCAGCACCAAGAUAUGCUGCAGUCAGAGGGCUCUGCGUUUCGCCACUUCCACUGACCCUGCCCAGUGCAGCCGCAUGCCCUCUGUCAACGUGAAUCCCUUCACCCCCGACACAUUCCGCAGGACCAGGGAGCACUACAAGAGGAAGAGUCGGAGGAGUGACGACGAUGACGACUAUGGAUGCAGAAUGAAACCGAGCCAUACGUCAUCAGAGGAGGAUGAUGAUGCAUUUCUCCCGUCCAAGAGGCAGGCUGUCCAGGCUUUCAUGCUGUCUAGGUAUGAGAGUGAAUUUCUGGAGCUUGGACACAUCGGUGCGGGGGAGUUUGGAGUGGUGUGCAAGUGUGUGAAGAGGCUGGACGGCUGCUUGUACGCCAUCAAGCGCUCUCGCCGACCACUUGCCGGGUCUGCCAAUGAGCAGCUGGCCUUAAAGGAGGUGUAUGCACAUGCUGUACUUGGGCAUCACCCCCAUGUCGUCCGCUAUUACUCAGCAUGGGCUGAAGAUGAUCACAUGAUCAUACAGAAUGAGUAUUGUGACGGUGGGAGUCUCCACGAUGCCAUAUUAGAGAAGGAGGCACGUGGAGAGCUGUUUCCAGAGCUGGAGUUGAGGGAUCUACUUCUGCACGUCUCCAUGGGUCUCAAGUAUAUUCACAGCUCUGGCCUUGUGCACCUGGACAUUAAACCCAGUAAUAUCUUCAUCUGCCAAUGCUCGAGCGCAGGUGGAGCGGGUGAGAGUGAGGAGGAAGAGGACGGAGGCCCUUCAACAGGGGUGGUUUAUAAAAUUGGUGACCUGGGCCAUGUGACGUCCAGCAGCAGUCCACAAGUAGAGGAGGGGGAUAGCCGCUUCCUCGCCAGCGAGGUCCUGCAUGAGGACUACAGCAAUCUGCCUAAGGCGGACAUAUUUGCACUAGGCCUGACUGUGCUGCUGGCAGCAGGGUCGCCCCCUCUCCCUCAGAAUGGAGAUGAAUGGCACAGUCUCAGACGGGCACAGUUACCCAGCCUGCCCCAGGAGCUCUCCCCUGCUUUCAGAAGUCUCAUUCAGACUCUGCUGGAUCCGGAGCCAUCUCAACGACCCUCUGCGUCAGCGCUAUGCAGACAACCUGUUUUGAGGAAGGAGAGGACUGGGAAGCUGGCUGCUCAACUACGCAGAGAGCUCAAUGUGGAGAGGUUCAGGACAGCCAUGCUGGAAAAAGAGCUGCAGGAGGCUCGUUUGGCAGCACUGUCCCCACAGCAGGCUUUUCCACCUGGGCUACUGCAGCCCAUUAAUACAGGGUCCUUGCCCAAAGCUGGGCGGAGGCUGGUCGGUAGGAAUGCUGCCCGGUCCAUGAGCUUUGGAUGCCCAGGGUAUGGAGUGUGAAAGGUGAUCACAUGCUGGGCCUUAUUGGAAGUACCAGAACACUCUCCUCGCUGCAAAGUCUUGGAGUUUCCCCUGACUCAAGGGACUUCUUAGACUGGCUCAAUGUAUAUUGGUGAGCAGCAAGGUAAAAGGUUAGGCUCUGCUAGGUGUGGUGGUUUAUUUUGUGCAGUAGAAUCACAGUAUUUUAGACUAAUUUAUAUCAAAGCGGGAAGGAUUUGAAGCAAAAUUCCAUUAAUUCCUUGUGUAGCACUUCUGCCUUUCAGUGUUUAACUUUUGUGGAGUAGUAGGUUUUACUUUGCAAUCAUUUAGGCCAUUGAGAACUGCUGCAGACACCAGUGAGUGCAAUGCCAAGUCAGCAAUGUUUUAUUAACAGCAAUGAUUUGUUGCUUUUUACAAUGUAAAUAAACUUUUAAGGUCUU